AGAACUGUUACCCCGUUUAUAUAACAUCUCUACUCAUCUAAAUUCGAACCGAAACGCAUACUUAAACCGUAUCGAAACUUUUUAGCACAUCACAGUAAUGUACAUUGAAAAUAAGAAUUAGUAGCUGCUGAACUGUUGUCGUGUAUAAUACUGGAUUCACACGAGAGUUUUGAUUGUAAUUUUAGCUGUCAAAUAUUUUCAUUUUGCAUUAAAAGCGUGGUAUAUAUUCAUUCAUUCAUAUAAUAAAGGUGACCUACAAUAAAUACUCUAACAAAUAAGGAAGAUGAAUACACUGGCUUUCAAUGCUUCAAUGUUGCGUGUUCCAAUCCGUAUAGAUGCAAUAUCUUUGCCGAAGGUGAAAUUGCCAAUGGUUAACCAUUCGAAAUAGUAUAAAACGGCAGACACGUUUUUAUACUAGCAUUUGCGACAAAUUUUUCAACAACUCUUUGCCAGCGAGUACACAUGCCUAGGUCAUUAAUUGCAUCACUAGCGGCGGGAGUUGCUGAGAAAAGCGAGCUGUCAUACUCAAACGUCAUUGCGCCAAUAAGUGUCAAAAUAAUUUUUGAUUGCCGAAUUGAACACGAAAAGAAGAGCAAGCAGGAAUAGUGCAACAUUCCUAGGAGUCAUUUUAUUUUUUAUUGAUUAUUGAAUUAAACAUUUUUAUUUUUGAUUGCAUUUAUAUACAUAAGCAUUUAAAAUUGCAAUGAGUAUUUGUGUGUUCAGGUGCGCGAGGUUUAAAUUUUGUCGGCGGGCAGUUAUAUUGGCAAAUGGCAAUGUACCGGGCACAGUUGGAUCACGCGGUGCACAUAAUAGUUUAUAUCAAAUGGUAAAAAAACGCACAUUGGAAGCUCGAACUAAAUUACAGUGUAACAAACAUCCAAAUAACGAACCCUGUGUUUCCACCAAACUUCCCGCUUCUUCCGAUUCCACUUGCUCUCCUCCUUAUAAUCAAAAUUCUUAUCAAUCAAGAGAAGACGAUUGCUCAGUGUACAAGAAAAAAUCACAAGAUAAAAACAAACGAAAACUUUCAUUGAAUACGGAACUUUUAAGAGGUGUAGAUUGUAAAGGUAGAGAUACCACAUCAUCUUAUACAGGAAGAGAUGGCACACCAUGUUAUACAGGUAGAGAUGGCACACCAUCUUAUGCAGGUAGAGAUGGCACACCAUGUUAUGCAGGUAGAGAUGGCACACCAUGUUAUACAGGUAGAGAUGGCACAUCAUCUUAUACAGGUAGAGAUGGCACACCAUGUUAUACAGGUAGAGAUGGCACAUCAUCUUAUACAGGUAGAGAUGGCACAUCAUCUUAUACAGGUAGAGAUGGCACGCCAUGUUAUACAGGUAGAGAUAGCACAUCAUCUUAUACAGGUAGAGAUGGCACACCAUCUUAUACAGGUAGAGAUGGCACAUCAUCUUAUACAGGUAGAGAUGGCACAUCAUCUUAUACAGGUAGAGAUGGCACAUCAUCUUAUUCAGGUAGAGAUGGGACACCAUCUUAUUCAGGUAGAGAUGGCACAUCAUCUUAUACAGGUAGAGAUGGCACAUCAUCUUAUACAGGUAGAGAUGGCACAUCUUCUUAUACAGGCAGAGACUGCACACCGUCUUAUACAGGCAGAGAUGGUACAUCAUCUUACGGUUCUAACAAAAUUAGUAAAAGUAGUAAAAGUAUCAGUCCUUGUGGAAAUAUUGGCGAAAUGGAAGAAGAUGCAGAUCCUUACGAUCCCUGUGGAAGAUGGAAUACCAGUAGUAGGUCUCAUGUCUCUCCUAUGGCUAGUGGCAGUUACAGAUAUACUGACUGCCCCAGAUCUCAGUCUAAAAGCAGUUCCAAGCCAAAAAGCCAGGCCCCCCGAUGUAUCGAGGAGCCUUAUGAUCCUUGUAAAAGACCUGCUAAGAGAAACCCUUGUGCUAAAAGUGCUGCAGCUGCAGCCAAUCCUUGUGGUUUUGGCGGCCCUGACGAUGGCGAUGGAAAAGACGGAGAUGAUUGUAGCAAACUUGCAGGAAGCCUUAGAACUUGUAAAAUUCUACUUGGUGCGUUGGCUGCGCUUGGUGCAGGAGGACUGCUUUAUUGGUUGUUGUCAGGUGAUAACGAUAAAGACUCUGGAGAUAAAGCUUCUGCUGCUAUGAUAGGACAACAAACAAUGCCAUUGAGUUCAGCCGACUUACCAAAUCAUGUUCCAUAUUUGCUGAUAGGAGGUGGAACUGCUUCAUUUUCCGCAUUCCGUGCGAUAAAAUCAAAUGAUCCAACAGCAAAGGUUUUGAUGAUUACAAAUGAAUUUAACAAACCUUACAUGCGUCCACCUCUAUCAAAGGAAUUAUGGUACUCUGCACAAGACGAAGCUGAUAAAAAAGAUUAUCGUUUCAAGCAAUGGACGGGUGCAGAACGUAGUAUAUUUUUUGAACCUAAUGAGUUUUUUGUUGAUCCAACUAAAUUAAUGGAUAGUAUUAAUGGUGGAAUUGCCGUAGCUCAAGGUUUUACAGUAAAAAGAAUUGACCCAGCAAAACGAAUAGCUGUGUUAAGUGACGGUUAUGAAAUUGCUUACGAUGAAUGCCUCAUUGCAACUGGCUGUGCACCAAAAAAUUUAGAAGUAUUCAGUAACGCUCCACCGAGUGUCAGAGAAAGAGUAAUGGUGUACAGGUCACCUGAAGAUUUUGACCGUCUUAAAAAAUAUGCAGAUGCGAGAAAAAAUAUUGCUAUCAUUGGCAAUGGCUUUAUUGGAAGUGAAUUGGCAUGCUCAUUGGCAAAUUAUUCAAAAGAAUGUGGUAUGAAGGUUUAUCAAAUAUUUCCCGAGUCGGGAAAUAUGUCCAAAAUACUGCCAGAUUAUUUAAGCAAGUGGACUACAAAAAAAGUUGAGGCAACAGGUGUUUGCGUUAUUCCAGAUUCAUCUGUGAUCAAAGCUUAUAGGGAUGAAAAUUCAGUUAAAUUAAAACUUAAUAAUGGAUCGAUAAUCUUAACGGAUAUUAUUGUGGUAUGCGUUGGUUGUGAGGCAAAUACGAAUAUGGCUUAUGUCUCAGGAUUGGAAGUUGAUUCAACAUUAGGUGGUUUCGUUGUAAAUGCCGAACUUGAGGCUAGAAGAAACUUAUUUGUGGCCGGAGAUGCUUCCUGCUUUUAUGACCCCUUGUUAGGACGAAGGCGAGUAGAACAUCAUGAUCACUCAGUAGUUUCUGGUAGAUUAGCUGGUGAAAAUAUGGUUGGAAAAAAAAAAGCCUAUACACAUCAAAGUAUGUUUUGGUCAGAUUUGGGUCCAGAAAUUGGCUAUGAAGGCAUCGGUCUUGUGGACUCAUCUCUACCAACAGUUGGUGUAUUUGCAUUACCAACGAAAACAGAUAGAAAAUCUGACAACUUAUCAGGCUCUAAUGUAGAAGUCAACGGAGUAGAAGUCUCCAAUUCUGGUAAAGAUUUACCUGAUGUUAAAUGCGACAUUAAUAAUGCCGAUGAUUAUGGUCGCGGCGUUGUGUUUUAUUUGAAAAACGAUAAAGUCGUUGGAAUUUUGCUUUGGAACCUUUUCAAUCGCAUAGGAUUAGCAAGAACGAUUAUAACCCAAAAUAAAAAAUUUGAUGACUUGAAUGAAGUUGCAAAACUCUUUGAAAUUCAUUCAUAAUUUGGCACUAAUAAUAAAGUAUAAACAAUAAAAAUCUAUGUACAGAA